AGGACAACCAAACUGGAGCUUUCUCCAGCACACAGGGCUUUCCAAGGAAGAGUUUGGAAAACUAACUUGUUUUUUUGGAGUUGCUUUAAGAACACCUGGAAUAUAACUCUUCCUCUCCCCCCCCCCCUCCUCUUGUGGACUUGCUCUCUCUCCUCUCUCUCUCUCUUUUGUUUAUUUUGUCCAGCAGUCGUUGGAAAGCACCAUUCUAAAUUUGAACGCUCCUGAAUCCUCUUGAUUGCAGAUGUAGCUGCCAUGCAUUGCUUCUGGGAUUGCAUGCUGUGGUGUUGGCAUUCUGUGUGAUGUGUCACUAGUGUCCUUUUAGCCUCUUGAAGAGUGACCUUCUAUGAAAAGGCACGAGUGUGAGAGGAGACGGCCAUUAGGUUUAAAAAAACGCAACUCUUUUGCCUUAACAAAAAAAAACUAAAGAAAAAACUUUAAAGACAAAAGGAAAGUAAGGCUAUUCCAUUGCCAGUGUCAGAUGAUCGUGACUUUUGAAGUGUCAGGAUUGGAAACAAACUCAAAGAUUUGAAAGUGAGCCUUCCAUCAGAUUUGGAAAUUCAAGACUAUUGCAAAGGAGGGCACUAAGCUUCCAGAAAGAAUUUUCCUUCGAAGACAAAGAACAAUUGUAUAGGAGCACACAGGACAUUGAUGAUAAUAUUUUGGCAGUGCUUCCAAAAGUUUCAGAAUUAAGAAAGCGUUUUGAACCUGAAAGCCAUACUGCUUUGGAAAUGAACAGGAAAGAGAGGAUUGCCAGGCGUUUAGAAGCCAUCGAAAGUGACACCCAGUUGCAAAGCUGUGCUGGUUUAGUUUCACAUCGCCUGCUGGAAGAAGACACUCCUAGAUAUACUCGGGCCAACGACCCUUGCAGUCCAUGCGCAGCAAGAAGGUUCAGUAAAGAAGAACUUGAUAUCCAGGAGAGUCAAGACCCCUCUUCAGAGAGACAGUCCAGAGCUAGAUGUCGAGCGGAGCCCAGGUCUAUUCACACAGAGUCAACCUAUAGCUCGGGAAGCAUGGAAACUGCAGGCACGGAUUCGAAGGCAGAGAGGAUAGCCAGGUACAAGGCAGAGCGGAGGCGCCAGCUGGCAGAGAGAUACGGCAUAUCGCUGGACCACGAACUGGAAUCGGAUUUCUCCCCCAAGUACUCACGAAUGCGAAAGGGACCUGAGGCACUGGAGCAACAUGCCCAAGCCUCGCAGAACAGAAAGGAGCAGGAGGAGGAGGAGGACAGAGAACUGAGCUCGCUGUACAGCACCAGGACCGGACUUGUGAGAGAGCCAAAGAUCAUGCAGUCGAAAGAGAAUGCUUUCCGGGACAGCGUGGACUGCUUUUCCGACAGGGAGAGGAUGAUGAAUCUGGAGAACUACAAGAGGGCACAGGAUCCGGGAGCCCAACCAGGGGUUUAUGGGCAACCGUCAUUUACGGAUGUUUCCACCACCGCCGCAGUCCCGGGGAAAGACUUUUCUACGGGCGAGGUGCCAAGCUCACCCAGGCAUGGCCGCCGGUCAUCACUGCAGUCUCCACAGCAAGCCAUAUCACCGGGUGACCUGUUCAUUGAGCACCAAGCCCAAAACAUCCUCAGCAGACAAGGAAUUAAAGUUAGAGAGAGGCUGGCAAAAGCGGAAGGCGUUCGAGGAAGCCCCGAACUUGUCACAGAAACUACAGCUUCCAGGAGACAUCCGCGGGUGCCAGCUCAUUACAUGCCUUUCCAGUCGGAAACUUCUGCCUUUGAUAGGGUUGCUGCUGUCCACUUGGGUGCAGUGCGCAAACCGGUGUAUGGCUUUGUCCAGCCUGCUGGCCCAGUUCAGAGUGCCAGGUUUGUGACAAUGGGUGAAAAGGGGGACAGAUGCUCCCAAAGCAAUCUUCUGAUGCCAGUUGCCUCCAGCUCUGAAGCAAAAGUCCAGGGUUUGAGCGAAGACGAGACCGAGAGAUGGUCUGAGCGAGAUCAAAGCUUUGGAAACCUGCUGGAGGAAAAGCACCCUUUCCGAACAUCGUGCCUCCUCAAGAGCAGGAAAGCAGUCCUGCCUUCAGAAAUCCGCAAGAGAGAGAAGAACCAGGAGGACCCCUGCAGGGUCCUGGAAGAGGAGCAGCCCAGUGCUGCUUCACACGUUGGACGCAGGCCAAGCCCGACCUUCGAAGAGCUUCCCAGAGCGGUGGAAAUCUCAAAGCAGCAGACCCAAACGAAGGACAGCAUGGAAAGAAGCGAGGCCGUCCUGUGUUUUCAAAGGGGAGCAGCGUUGGGUCCGGCAAGGCAAAGGGGUCCGGGCCAAGAUGCCUCGACAACGAAGCACAAAAUGCUGACGCGCUCCAUGUCAGAUUUUGGAGUGGCGCAGAAGGUGUCGGUCUUCAGAAAUCUAGAACUGGCCCCAAAGAGAGAGAUGUUGUUCCACAGUCCUGAAGCCAGUCGCGUGCAAAACGGAGAACUCAGCUCAGUAGACACACGGGUGUCAGUCUCCCAGCUCAGACACUCCUACCUGGAAACAGCCGCUUCCAGCAAGAAACAAGAACUGGAAGCUGAGGUAGAGCUGUCAACAUCAGGUCUUGAUUCGGCUUCCAAAACUGAGCGAGAAAGGGGUGCUCGGAAGCCAAGGCGCUAUAUUUCUCCUGGGGAAAGUAGAAAGACUUCUGAAAGGUUUAGGACUCAGCCUGUCACUUCAUCAGAGCGACUGGAAUCAGAUAGGUCACGCCUUGGUCCUGAAAAUAAUGAAGCGGACGAGGAGAAGCUUGAUGAGAGAGCCAAGAUGAGCGUUGCUGCCAAGAGGUCACUUUUCAGGGAAUUGGAAAAGAGCAUUGACUCUGCUCCCGUGCCAAAGCCUCGUUCUCGCAAUGCUGCUGUGGAAAGACGCCUGAGGCGCACGCAGGAUCGCUCGCGCACGCAGCCCAUCACCACUGAGGAAGUCGUCAUCGCCGCCACCGUACCAGCCCCUGCCUCACAAACUGUGACUGUCCACACAACAGUAGCGAGAAUCCCUAGCCCCACUGUAGUAAGCACCAGUGUGCAAAGGAUCAGUUUGCAAGCAUCUUCACAGCAGAAUGCUUUAGCAAGAGAGCAGGCCAGGGAAGCCAAAUGUACCACUGAAGAACAAGGACCAGAUGAGCCUGACCUUUCAACUCUCAGCCUGUCAGAAAAGAUGGCCCUGUUCAAUCGCCUGUCACAAACGAACACCAAAGUGGCGUCCAGGAGCAGAGCCGAUCUCCGGCAGAGGAGGGCGAACACACGUUACCAGACACAGCCCAUCACACUCGGAGAAGUUGAGCAGGACGUAGAGCCCCAAGUUCCAACCCCCAUGGCCUAUGGCAUUCCAGAAUACCUGCAAAGAGAGAUGCGCUCUGUACAACUGCAAAACGGAGCAGGGGGAAAGAUAGGACCUUUAUCACCAUCUAUUGUGAAAUCAGUAGCAGCAGCAACUCAGGCUGCCACGCUGUCUACAACUUUAGCCGGUGAUCUACAACUUGGAAGAUCCAAAGCAGUGAGAGAGGAGAGUUUGCCGUCCACCCAGGGGCUUUACAACAGAUCCAUACCCAAGCACCACAGCACUGCAGCCAGCGCCAAUCUCUCUGUGAAGAGUGUAGCAGCUCCAGAACUCAAACCUUUACACUUAACAACUGAGAAGCAGCAGCAGCAGCCAGAGAUCACAGGGCUGUUUCAAAGCUUUUCUGUUGCUGACCAGCGACCGGCAGAACUGAUAGGAGCUGUAGCACAGGAAAGCAGCAGCAUCAUCAGCAGCAAGGUUAAGCACCGAUCUACCGAGGGAGACGGAAAGCAGCAGCAGCAGCAGCCCCCAGCGCAGCCAGGUGGGAGCGAGAGGGAUGCAGAGAUCAGGGAGCUGAGGCACGACGCUCCCAGAAGCAGCAGGGAACAGCUCAGCCCUGAAGCCUUUCAGCCGGCAGAGCCCCAGGGUUUCCUGAGAUCAGAAAGUGGCGCUGUGCUGGAGAGACAGGAGGCAAGGGGGAUUCUUAGAGAAAGGCAACCCUCGCAGGACCUGUUUGAGUCCGAGAGUGUUCGAAAAUCCAAGACAAUCGUAUCAGAGCUGCUGGAACCCACUGCUUCACUCAGAGCGGUGUCUACAACAGCAAGGAGUGCCUCUCACACUUCCAAUGUGCUGCCCUCCGUACUGCAGCCUUCAGAGCUCACUGAGGACAGGGGAUACGGUGUGCAGUCUGAGCUCAUCUCUGCCAAGGAAAACCAGGCUGAAACCAGUGAAGAACUUCUUGACAGCAUGUCUUCCAAACAAAUGUCCAUCAAAGACAGGCUAGCCCUUCUCAAGAAGAGCGGGGAAGAAGACUGGAGGAACAGAAUCAACAAAAAGCAGGACGUUGUCAAAGUGGUCGUCGCUGAACACCAAUCACAGCUAUGGGAAGUCAAACAGAGCUUCAAAAAGAAGGAGGAAGGAGUGAUUAUUGAUGACAGUUCUGUGUCUAAUCUGCUCUGGGAACCUGUCUUUGCAUCUACUUAUUCUCCUACUGUACCUAAUGGCCAAAAAUAUCAGUACAUUGUACCUUAUAACCAGGUCAGUCCUCCUAAUGUUAGGGAGUCAAGUCCCCUGAUGGUUGAUGACCGUCAUCCUUGGAGAUGGAAGCAGAGAAUGGGAGACGACGUUGAAUCCCAGAUGUCCAUUGGAGAGAGGAUGCAGCUCAUAUCUGCCCGGGAAGAAGCCUGGAAAGUCAGGGGCAAAGGGGCAGCCAAUGACUCCACCCAGUUUACUGUUGCUGCGCGAAUGGUCAAGAAAGGAUUGGCAUCUCCUUCGGCAAUAAGUCCUGUUAUAUCACCAAACAGAAUAAAGAACACCACGCCUGCCAUUUCCAAACCUCAAGAAGAAAUUGAAGCCAGGCCUGAUAUGCAUUUGGAGUCUGACAGAAAGCUUGACAAAUUGGAGUCUUUCUUGGGCCGACUUAACAAAGUGGGAGGAAUGCAAGAGACAAUGCUAACAGUGACGGAAAAGUCUGUAAAAGAGGUGAUGAAGUUGGACGAUGAUGAAAUUUUUGCCAAAUUCUACCGACCUUUAGAAGAUUUCUCCCAGUUGCCCAGAGAUUUCGAUAUUGCUGAAGACGAUUUUGACGUCAUCUUUGACCCUCUUACACCAAAGCUCACCUCUGCGGUGGCAGAACACAAGCGAGCUGUGAGGCCGAUGCGCAACGUUCAGUCUUCCAGAAACCCUCUGAAACAGCUCGCUGCGAGAGAGGACAUCUACCAGGAAUACACAGAGCAGAGGCUCAACAUCGCCUUCAUGGAGUCCAAGAGGAUGAGAGCGGAGAAGAUGACCAAGAAUUCAGGUUACUCAGAGGUGGCACUGGCUGGACUGGCAAGUAAAGAAAACUUCAGCAGCGUUAGUCUCAGGAGUGUCAAUAUAACUGAGCAAAUGUCCAACAACAGUGCUGUGCCGUACAAGAAACUAAUGCUGAUGCAGGUCAAAGGCCGACGACAUGUACAAACAAGAUUGGUUGAACCACGAGCAUCAUCCCUGAACAGUGGAGACUGCUUCUUGCUAGUUACACCUCACCACUGCUUCAUAUGGAUAGGGGAGUUUGGAAACGUCAUCGAGAAAGCCAAGGCCAGUGAACUUGCAGGCUUUAUCCAAACAAAGAGAGACCUGGGCUGCAGAGCUGCCUAUGUGCAGACGAUAGAGGAAGGAAUCAACACACACAGCCACGCAGGGAGAGAGUUCUGGAAACUGCUGGGAGGACAGUCCAACUAUCAGGGUGCUGGAAGCCCAGAGGAAGAUGAGCUCUAUGAAAGUGCAAUAGUAGAAACUAACUGCAUUUACCGGCUGGUGGACGACAAGCUUGUCCCAGUCGAUGACUUCUGGGGUAAAGUGCCGCGGUGCACACUGCUGGACUCCAAAGAGGUGCUUGUGUUCGAUUUUGGGAGUGAGGUGUACGUGUGGCAUGGGAAAGAGGUUACUUUGGCUCAGAGAAAGGUGGCAUUCCAGCUGGCAAAGCACUUGUGGAACGGCACCUUUGACUACACUAACUGCGACAUCAAUCCCCUGGACCCAGGGGAGUGCAACGCGCUCAUACCCAGGAAAGGACAGGGACGUCCUGACUGGGCUAUCUUUGGCAGACUUACUGAGCACAACGAAACAACGUUAUUCAAAGAGAAGUUCUUGGACUGGACAGAAUCGAAGAAGCUGUCUCCAAAGAAUGGAAAUGAGCAGUCCACUGAGCAGAAGCACGAGCAGCACGGUCAUGAGUUUAAGCCGUACAGUGCAGCGCUGAUGCUGCCAGUGCCCAAGACUCCAGUGGGCACAGUGCUGGAUGGCAUGAAUGUUGGGCGCGGUUCGGGGUUUGUGGAAGGGGAUGACAGGAGGCUGUUUGAGAUCACCACUCAGUGCAUAGAUGUGUGGCACAUUCUGGAGUUUGACUACAGCCGGCUGCCCAAGCAGAGUAUUGGGCAGUUCCAUGAAGGAGACACGUAUGUGGUGAAGUGGAAGUACAUGGUGAGCGCUGCAGUUGGGAAAAGGCAGAAGCCGGAGCAGGUUCGUAGUGCUGGCGCUGGGAAGGAGAAAUGUGCCUAUUUCUUCUGGCAGGGGCGGCACUCGACGGUGAGCGAGAAGGGGACAUCUGCUUUGAUGACAGUGGAGCUGGAUGAGGAGAGGGGAGCUCAGGUUCAGGUGUUACAAGGAAAGGAGCCCCCCUGUUUCCUGCAGUGUUUCAAUGGAGGGAUGAUUGUGCAUUCAGGGAAAAGGGAAGAGGAAGAAGAAAAUACGCAAAGUGACUGGCGGUUGUACUGCGUGCGAGGAGAGGUCCCGGUCGAAGGGAACUUGCUGGAGACGGCUUGUCACUGCAGCAGCCUGCGCUCCAGGGCUUCCAUGAUCCUUCUCAAUGUCAACAAAGCCAUUAUCUAUCUCUGGCACGGCUGCAAGGCUCAGCCACACACCAGGGAUGUGGGAAGGACUGCAGCCAACAAGAUAAAAGAACAGUGUCCAUUGGAAGCAGGGCUUCACAGCAGCAGUAAAGUGACAAUACAUGAAUGUGAUGAGGGAGCAGAGCCAGGAGGAUUCUGGGAAGCUGUGGGAAAGAGAGACAGGAAAGCUUAUGACUGUAUGUUGCAAGAUCCUGGUAAAUUCAACUUUACUCCACGUCUGUUUAUCCUGAGUAGUUCUUCUGGGGAGUUUCAUGCAACGGAGUAUCUUUAUCACUCGAGGCAUGCAGAGCUAGUGAAUUCUUUGCCUUUCUUACAAGAAGACCUUUACACUGCCCCACAGCCAGCUCUGUUUAUGGUCGACAAUCACCACGAGGUUUACCUGUGGCAGGGCUGGUGGCCCACAGACGGUGAGACUCCGGGCUCUGCUCGAAUCCGGUGGGAUGCAGACAGGAAGUGUGCCAUGGAGACUGUGUUGCAGUACUGCAGAGAAAAGAACUACAAGAAACCUCCCAAGUCCUACCUGAUCCACGCUGGGCUGGAACCCCUAACGUUUACCAACAUGUUCCCCAGCUGGGAGCACAGAGAAGAUAUUGCGGAAAUCACAGAGAGGGAGGCGGAGUUGUGCAGUCAGAUCAUCCUGGUGGAGGACGUGUUGGCCCGGCUGUGUAAGACACACUACCCCCUGGAUGAGCUGCUGGCCAGGCCCCUCCCAGAGGGUGUCGACCCCUUGAAGCUGGAACUCUACCUUUCAGAUGACGACUUUGAGGAGAUAGAGUCAACUAUGAAGAAAGCGUUAGACAUGGUGAGAGAAGAAUAUGAGGCGCUUCCUGCUUGGAAACAAGUGAAAGUAAAGAAAGCCAAAGGCCUGUUUUGAGUGGCAUGCAGCCACGAUGGGUCAGGCCCACCAUGACUGUGCAGACCGGCCACCUUCGAACCAGCAGCGGUGUAAAGUCUCCCCUAAUCUUCAAGAGAUUCAGACGGAGAGAGGAAGAUCAAAGAAAUCAUUUAGGUUCUAGAUGUACCUGCCUGUACUAGUUUGUCCUAUAUUGUUUUUUUUCUGUUGUAAAUGUUUAGGAGACCCCUAAGCAAAUUUAUUAUUAUUAUUUUUUUCCAGUGGAGUGGAUUUUCAGGUUCAGGGCAGCAGUGCUUUUAUAUCCAUAGACCUUGUACGCACUUACAUUUAGCAGUUGUCCCAAAGACAUCUGAAAGAUAUCACUCGGCCACAUACUGCCUACCAAUUUUUGAUAAGAUUCUCUUUGUAAGGUGUUAUUUUGUGUGUGUUAAUGCAUUAUAAAGAAUUUAUAUUUAUAUAAACACCUAGGAAGAACAACAAAUAAAAUAUAUUCUCUAUAAAGGGUUUGUGUCAUAUCUUGAUAUGUAGUAGAAACAAAAUGUGAAUAAAAAUGCCAUAUAUAUAUAUAUAUAUAUAUAUAUAUAUAUAUAUAAAAUCUUUUUUUGCAUUCUGAAAUAAAAUGUUUGUAUUUUUAAAGGCAUGGAAUUAAUGAAGAGGGAAAGUUAUUUCUAUAUGAAAUCACAGUGUAUAGUGCCUUGUAUUUGUGUACAGUUUAUAUACAGAAAUAUAUUAGUCUGCAUUUUGAAGAUGUUUAAGGAUGGCAGCGAUGAAAUGUACUUUGGUCAUUUUAGAAGCAACGCUAGAAUAAAGACAUCUUGAACUACAACAUUUGUUGUAAAAACUAAUCAUGUUCCUUUGCGGUAGAAGAAAUUAGAAAAUAAAACUUGCAGAAAUGAAAGCUGAA